CACAGCAGCUCACACACUGCUGUGUGUCACUCAGCAGACCAGGCACAGCAGCUCCAUACUCGUUCCCACAGAGCAGCAGGAGGCGUAAGUGGUUACAGCUGCAACCUUUGGUACAAGGAUGUGGGUCUGAAUCCCAACUCCAGGCUGCUGUAUCCCUGAGCAACAGACAGACUUAGACCAAAUUCAUACAGUAGAAACUAUUCAGCUAUAUAUACGGGGGAAAAUAAUUAACUACACACUGGACAAACAAAGUGACAGCUAAUGACUGCUGUGUGAAGAGGACCCAGCCCAGCCGUGUUUAUUCACUCACGACAAGCGAGGAUGAGCUGCAAAACAACAGACGGCAGCCGCAGCGCGGAAGGAGGUCCAGGGCAGCACCGGCCCCGGGUUCGAGGACCUCUGCGCGUUGAAGAGAAACACCAGCAGCAGCAGCAUGUGACAGAUGACCUCAUUGUGGAGGCUGUUGGAGGAAGAGCAGAACCACUGAAGGCUGCUAUGCAGGACUCUAAAACAAGUCUGGGUCUGAGGAAGCUCAUUCCGGAGGAGAAAGCAAAGAUGCUGUCUGUGGGAGUAUUCCUGUUUCUCAGCUAUUCCACAGCUCCCGUUGUCCUCGGGGUACCCCCCAUCAAGAUACAGCCGGAACAGGUCCAUUUAUCCUAUCCUGGUGUUUACGGCUCCAUGAUGGUCACUUGGACCACCUUCGAUGAAGCAGACAGCAUGGUGGAGUAUGGUCUGCUGGGUGGGAAACUAUUUGAAAUGAUGGCCAAAGGGAGCUCCACAAUAUUUGUAGAUGGUGGAUCAGAGAAAAGGAAGCUCUUCAUCCACCGAGUCACGCUCUCAGCACUGAGACCUGGCUUCACUUAUGUAUACCACUGUGGCAGUGGGGCUGGCUGGAGCGACAUUUUCUACUUCACAGCCCUGAAUGAAAGCAGUGACUGGAGCCCCCGGUUUGCCCUCUUCGGGGACAUGGGCAAUGAGAACCCGCAGUCUCUGGCCAGGCUGCAAAAGGAGACCCAGGUCGGCAUGUACGACGUCAUCUUGCACAUUGGUGACUUUGCUUAUGACAUGGAUGAGGACAACGCCAGGAUUGGGGACGAGUUCAUGCGACAGGUUGAGUCUAUCGCCGCCUAUGUGCCAUACAUGACCUGUCCGGGGAAUCACGAGAACAGCUACAACUUUUCUAACUACAGGUACCGCUUCAGCAUGCCAGGGGACACGGAGGGCCUGUGGUACAGUUGGAACGUAGGUCCUGCUCAUUUAAUAUCAUUUUCCACUGAAGUGUACUUCUAUACCGAUUAUGGCUUGGAUCUCAUUGUCAAGCAGUAUGAAUGGCUCAAAAAGGAUCUGGAGGAAUCCAACAAGCCAGAAAAUAGGAAGUCUCGACCCUGGAUCAUCACCAUGGGCCACCGUCCAAUGUACUGUUCCAAUAAUGACCAUGAUGACUGCACUAAGUUUGAGAGUCUAGUUCGAAAGGGUCUGGAAAACCUCUUCUACCUUAACGGGGUGGACCUGGAGCUCUGGGCACAUGAGCACACUUAUGAGAGGCUGUGGCCUGUCUACGGAUUCAUGGUAUACAACGGUAGUAGAGAAGAGCCCUAUGUGAAUCCCAAAGCCCCAGUCCACAUCAUCACUGGCUCUGCUGGAUGCCGAGAAAAACAUGACGGUUUCAUCCCUGAUCCUAGGGACUGGAGUGCUUUCCGGAACUCUGAUUAUGGCUACACACGCAUGCAGGUUUUCAACUCUACCCACCUUUACCUGGAGCAGGUUUCCGAUGAUCAGAACGGCAAGGUGAUUGACAGCAUGUGGCUAGUGAAGGAACAGCACGGUGUGGUGGCCUGGGUCUAACCACACCAUUUGACAUUGGGAGGUGACCAGUGACACAAACUUGAUCAAGCUGUGACCCUUUUCAAGCAAAUUACAAAGGGAGAAUGAACUGUUAAGUACAUGCCUGCCUCUUUCAAGGACAUAACAGAGAAUUCGAUGAUUAUAUGCACAAUUUGAGAACAGUUAUGCAAUUUUUCUUUUCUUCUGCAGCCAAUGGAAGCCAGUCAUAAGAUACAUGUGUUUUGAACUGAGUGAAAUGGAUGAUACUUUACAUUUCAAAUUCUGCAUAAAGCAGGUUUACACUCUUGAGUUUUCAGAGCGCUGUUGCUCUGGAAUCAUGCUGGAAUUAAUAAAUCUAACAC